AUGGGGGUGCGCGAAUGUCCUGCCCUGCUGCCCCUGCUGUCCUUGCUGCUGCUUCCUCUGGGCCUCCCAGUCUUGGGCGCCCCGCCACGCCUCAUCUGUGACAGCCGAGUCCUAGAGAGGUACAUCCUGGAGGCCCGGGACGCCGAAAAUGUCACGAUGGGCUGUGCUGAAGGCUGCAGCUUCAGUGAAAACAUCACGGUCCCAGACACCAAGGUUAACUUCUAUGCCUGGAAGAGGAUGGAGGUUGAGCAGCAGGCCUUGGAAGUCUGGCAGGGCCUGGCCCUGCUCUCAGAAGCCAUCCUUCGGGGUCAGGCCCUGUUGGCCAACUCCUCCCAGCCAUCUGAGACCCUGCAGCUGCACGUGGACAAAGCCAUCAGCAGCCUGCGCAGCCUUACCUCCCUGCUUCGGGCGCUGGGAGCCCAGAAGGAAGCCAUCUCCCCUCCAGACCCAACAGCCUCUGCUGCUCCACUCCGAACAUUCACUGUUGAUACUUUGUGCAAACUUUUCCGAAUCUACUCCAAUUUCCUGCGGGGAAAGCUGAAGCUGUACACAGGGGAGGCCUGCAGGAGAAGGGACAGGUGA